AUGUCUCCCAAAACGGAACUGAGGGGAAUCUGCAACACCUGGGGAUAUGUGACCGCAUUUGGCGUCUUCCAAACACAUUACAAUCAGAUGUUGAGUGAGAGUCCAUCUGCAAUUUCAUGGAUUGGAAGCGUCCAAGUCUUCCUCCUUUUCUCCAUUGCAACAUUUUCCGGUCGAGCAUCAGAUGCGGUAUUCUUCAAGCUUGUCUGGGGCCUUGGAGCUCUCCUCGUUUUGGUUGGGAUUUUCAUAGCUUCAUUGUCUUCAACAUUCUGGCAACUGUUCCUGUCACAAGGCCUUUGUCUUGGUAUAGGGAGCGGGCUUAUGUUCUGUCCUAUGCUCUCUUUGAUACCGACGUAUUUCUCAAAGCAUCGGUCCUUGGCUAUUGGUUUUACAGCUGCUGGCUCCAGCACCGGAGGUCUCGUGUUCCCUGCCGUCGUAGAGCAGCUACUUCCACGGAUCGGAUUCCCAUGGACCAUGCGUGUUCUUGGUCUCUUGUCCCUGUCGAUGCUUCUUCCAUAUUUUAUUUUCUUCAAACCAAGAAUGCCUCCGCGAAAAGGUGGGCCGAUCGUGGAUUGGGAAGCUUUCAAAGAUAUGUCGUACCUGCUCUUCAGUAUCGGGAUGUUUUUCGCUUUCUGGGGGUUGUACGUCGCUUUUUUCUAUAUCGGCAGCUUCGCCCGGGAGAUCAUCGGUGUUAACCAAGCCACCUCCGUCAGUCUUUUAUUAAUCAUGAAUGGCACCGGCAUGCCAGCACGGAUUCUGCCCAAUAUUGUCGCAGACCGGUAUACCGGCCCACUCAAUCUCCUUAUCCCGACUAUCUUGGUAUCAUCUUUAAUCCUCUUCUGCUGGAUAAGCGUGGUCCAAGCCAGCAACCUAUACGCGUUUGCAGUGUUUUAUGGGAUAUUCUCUGCCAGUUUGCAAUCGCUAUUCCCAGCCUCGCUGACUUCGAUGACGGUGGAUUUGAGUAAGAUCGGGGUUCGGACCGGCAUGGUGUUGACCAUAGUCAGUUUUGCGGCAUUGACGGGCUCCCCUAUUGCGGGUGCGUUGGUGCAGCGUGGUGGUGAGAGUUAUCUGUAUGCACAGUGUUUUGCUGCUGCUAGUAUGGCUGCUGGUGGUAUUUUGGUUACUAUGGCCCGGAUUCACAAAACUGGGUUUGUCGUGAAUGCAAGGAAGUGAAGGUGCC